AUGGCUGUCACCAAGCCACCUUCUCCUCAGGAGACUCCAAUCUCGUCUGAUGAUCCACGUGAUGAUAGCUCCAGCACUGGAACACCCACCAACAAGGCCGACGAUCUUUCGGACGUCAAGACCCCUGACGAUCAACUCAACAACAAGAACAAAUGUGCCAACUGCGGAUGUCUUGACGCUAACGCUUACUGCGCCGGCUGCCAUCAAGCACCCAACACUGACGGCACUCCUCACGUCAAUGUGCGCUACUGCACCAGAGAGUGUCAGAAAGCUCAUUGGCCCUCCCAUCGCAUCGAGUGCAAGAACCUGCAAGCUAGAAAGGCGCUCUUCAGAGCUGCUUGGCUCCUGCAGAAGAUAUGGUAUGCCGUACGCAGAGAAUCAUUCGACAACGAUUUGGUCAGCGCCGAGGAAGUCAAUGGGGAGCUGUUGAUCCAGGAAGGCAACUACGACCUCAAGUCCACGAAGAGGGAGAAUGGAUUCUACCGCGAGUUCCCGGACGCCAUCUUCAAGAACAAGCAGGACGCAGAAGCUUCCUUGAAUCUGCUAUACUGUACUGAUUCGGUGAGCCAUAUGUAUAUGGUGAAUCACUGGCUGCUCAAAGACAUUUGCAUGGACGUCAAGGAAACCAAAGUCAGGGUUCAAAAGCCGGCUCGCAAAUCUCGUUACGCGUGCGACGAAUGGAACCAAGACUUCCUUCACGAGGUUCUCCAAGUACGCUUACACUCGGGAGAGGUCUACGCCAUCGACUUCACCGGAGCACAAUACGGUUGGUACGAGCCCAUCACCGAGUGGAGCAGAUACAGUCUGCGCUGCAAAGAGAUCAUUCGCGUCUUAGCAUUUGUCGUCGAUGACAAGCGGCCACUUGGUUCUAGAGCUCGAUCGAUGCUGAUGGGGACGUUCACGGAUCCUUGGGACGACCGCAGCGACGUGCAGCGUGCGAUCCCGAUGUUCGGCGAAUGUCUCAAACGCGAGUUCAACAAAGUGUUCGUUCAAGAGGUCGUAAGCAAGCAUCCUCGUGGACUGGACAUACUCAAGCUGGAAGCUCGGAAGUUCGAAGCAGUAGAGAAAGAAAUUUUGUCGUUGACAAAGCAGAUAGCUCACGAAGCGGCCGAGAAGGUCGACGUCCUCUUGCCAAUCAUCAUAGAUGAAGCAUACCAGUGCAACGAGGAGAUGCGCAAGCAGAUCGCACCGGAUACUGGAGCGAUACUGAAGCGUGGGUUGCUCAAGCUAGCCGCUCUCUUCAACGGCGAAUGGCUUAGAGAUGAUAUGACGGGUCGCUUAACUUCAGUCUCGUUGAAGCGACUUAUCGAAGACGAAGACUACGCGGUGAAGUGCAUGAAAGGAGUCUUGGUCGAGCAAGAGCUUUGGGGAAACUUGAACUUGAACCACGGUUUAAGUUUCAUUUGA